CUGGCACCAUGUCUUCCCAAUCCUCAGGAGGCUCAGUAGUUGAAACAGCCUCAUCCAGAUUCACCAAAAUCUCCUUUUUCACUUCCAUUGGAAUUCCCACAUUAUCUGUUCCAUUCUCUACAAUCAUAUCAAGCAACUGUACACAAAAAAAGAAGAGAAGAGAUAGAAAUGAAUCAAGAACCUGGUUAAGUUAUGUAUUUGUUUCAAAUAUACUUCUAAUUUGUCUGAUGAUACUACUGUCCGUUUUGUUUUUUAGUUUAGAAUCAGGUCACAAAGAAAUGGAUUUGCACAAGGUAUACCUGUUAGAAGCCAAGACAAGCAGAUAUCAAACACGUUUCGGUCCGGAAGAAUCUGGGAAACGGCAUGCAGAACUUCAAUCCCUACCUCACUCGAGAGCUGGUCAAUUACCGGGGCGUUCUGUCAAUUAGCUUUAGAAGCAAUAAAUCAUCCUCAGUAGACAAAACUUCAGCAAAAUUCAUAGCAGCAUCACCCAUCUGAAGUCCAUCCAUGGCAUAAGUCCAAGAUGUCCAAACCCGGUCCCGAUCCUGCAUAUUCUUAUCUCC